AACACUGAUAGUUAUACUAAACUUGCAAUCAUUUCUAGUUAUCUACUGCUUUCUCAAAGCUAUUUUAAAGACAUGAAAGAUAACUCCUCCAAAUAUGUUGUUGUUUUGGUUAUAAGCUUCUUUUUCUUGAAUCAGGUCCUUGUGUCCUCACAACUUGAUUAUAGGUUCUACGAUGCCUCUUGUCCCAAUCUAACAAGGAUUGUCAGAUAUGGCGUCUGGAUGGCAGUUUCUAAUGAUACUAGGAUGGCUGCUUCCCUCCUACGGCUUCAUUUUCAUGACUGCUUUGUCAACGGUUGUGAUGGAUCAUUGUUGCUUGACGACACUAACACAUUUAAGGGGGAGAAAAAUGCAUUGCCGAAUGUGAACUCAGUUCGAGGCUACGAAGUUAUUGAUAAUAUAAAGGCUGUCUUAGAGAAAUUCUGUCCAUCUGUUGUCUCAUGUACUGAUAUAGUAACUCUAGCAGCUAGAGAAGCUGUCUACCUGGCUGGGGGACCAUUUUGGCAAAUUCCUCUUGGUCGUCGAGACGGCACGACAGCAAGCGAGAGUGAAGCCAAUCAGCUGCCGUCACCAGUGGAGCCAUUGGAGGAUAUCAUUGCGAAAUUCACUUCGAAAGGCUUCAAUGUGAAGGAUGUUGUUGCUCUCUCAGGUGCACACACUUUCGGAUUUGCUCGGUGUAUGAUGUUCAAGCAUAGGCUGUUCAACUUUGACGGCGCUGGAAAUCCCGAUCCAGAACUCGAUGUCAUGCUGCGACAGAACUUACAGAACAACUGUCCAAAUCAAGAUGAUUCCAACAACAAAUUCGCCCCCUUAGAUGCGUACACGAUCAACCGGUUCGACAAUGUGUAUUAUAGGAACUUGGUGAACAAGUUGGGACUCCUGCAGUCAGACCAAGAUCUCAUGAAAGACAAUACAACUGCUUCUUUGGUGGUGAGCUACAGCAGGUAUCCGUAUAUGUUUUACAGGGAUUUUGGAGCAUCAAUGGUGAAGCUAGCCAAUACUGGGAUCCUUACAGGCCAAAAUGGGGAGAUUAGGAAGAAUUGCAGGGUGGUGAACUAGAAUAUGAAUAUGAUAUCACUUUGUAAAUUAAUCCAACUUGAACGAUAAUAAAUUGACUGUUGGCAUGUGUUAUUGUUGA